CGUAGAUGGGAGGAUAAUGUCAGGCGCGAGCUGUGGGAGAUAGGAGUUGAAGGAGACUGAAUUUUGUUGGCCCAGGACAGGAACCAGUGGAGGGCUUUGGUUGAUUCGGUGAUGAACCUUCAGGUUUGUGAAUAUUUCUGAUCUUCCUAAUAGUAAUCAUGGUUAGCAGUUUACAUUUCAGCUAAGGAGUAAGGCUUUAGCUAAAUGAUGACCAUUUUUAAGUAAUGUUACAGGUACUUAUUUAUAUACAUAUAUUAUGUGUUUGUUAAGUUUGUUAUGUUACAUGUGGUAGAAGUGAAAUAUCAACUUUCUUAUUCCUAAUUGUUGUGUUCUCUUAAUAUAUUACUAGUAUUAUAUAUUGUUCAUAAAAAAUGUAGAAGUGCCUGUGCUGGAUAAAUCUAUACACACACAUAAAUGCUCUCAGUAUAGUCACAUACAGCCGGGCUCUAGUGGUAAAGGUGAAGCCCUUGGAUUUUGCUUGAAGUUAAAUAUUCAAACCUCAAUAUUGUGUACAGAACAGUGUUCAUGUUAACCGUGUUGCUAGCUGUGUUAGCCCAGCUAACACCUUAAAAAGUUAAAAAUAAAGUAUUCUACGAAAUCUUACAAAAAACAAAAACCUCGAAGUGUAGAAAUGAAGUUGAUUUCUGUAAAGAUUUUAUUCUCCAGCCAGUUAGGCAAUUGCUGUGAGUGUAAUUCUGAAUUAGUUGGCUAAUAAUUUAAUUCAAUUCUUUAUUAUUAGUGUGUCAUACUAUAUGGCGUCAGUAUUUAAUUUUAUACAGUAUGUGCCAUUUAAAGCUCAACUCCAAAACAAUCGUGUACUGCGGUGCAAAAAUUAAAUCAGAAACACCUGCUCUCCCAUGUAACAGAUUUUCCCACCUUCCCCCCUGAUUCGUAUUCACCAGGAUUGCUAGGUCUCUGCUUACGCCAGUUGCGCAAAAGCUGUGUAGGUGCGAACAUAGUGUAUUCACGAUCGGAACGUUUGUUUAUUAUAGAACAUUGUUUUGUUACAACAUAGUUUGCUGAUGUUCGUGAAGCAUUUAACUGUGUGUGUUUUGACGAGGAAGUGCCGAAUAAGACUAUAUACCGAUCGGUAAUAAAGUUUCGGGUAACAGGAAGUGUUUGUGACGAGUGGCGGGCGACGUAACUACUGUAAUUUCGGUCGUACCGAUUUCAAAUAGUGCUUCAGCUGUGGGAUGCAGCUGCAAGAAUUAAGUAUUACCUUGGUUUCUUUUGUGCUGAAGGGAGUUCGUGUGCAGUAGGAUUACGUUUUACACGGAUUUUAAACCUGCGUUAGUAACGGUAUUGGCAUACCUGGUUCAUAUUGAGUUUCACAAAUAUUGGUUAGUUUCUAUCUGUAAAGCUGACAAUUGCGGUUGAAUGGGGACAGCCGACACACUAAUGAAGAUAAAAGUGAACUCGAUGAGGUGUUAAGACUAUCCAAAAUAAUUGUUGUUACAUAGCACGAAUACUUUUUUGCUACUGAGCCGAUUGAUCUGACGUGGCAGGUAUAAGAUCCCGUACUCGUGUCCAUACUUUCGGUCAACAGAUGCCAGCACAUGGCAGUCGAUUAAAUUCUAAGUCAAAAUUGUAACAAUCGUUUUCGUGUUCUGUUUCGUCUCGAUGUUGACGCCUGUGUUCGCUAGAGUGGCGGCAUGACAAAGUUAGUGAAGAAGCGAAUCGUACUCAGAUAAGCGAUUUAUUUAAUCGUUAGUGAACUAAUCGAAGAUGAAAAAAAAACAGUCACAGUGACGGAUAAUGUGAUGCUAGUGAAAUAAUCCUAAUAGAUUCUAAAGCAAACGGAAACAACAUUGAUUGACAGUAGGUCGAGGCCCAUUUUAAGAAAUAUCUGACCAGAAACAUUCUCAGUGUAAUGACAUUACAAAUGAAUUAGUUUAAAUUAAUUUAUAUCUUAAACAGUUUUAUAUGUGGAGUGGUCAGUUCCGUGGCUUUCUUAAUUAUUAAUUUAACUUAAAAUUAUUGAAGGCAUAAAUAAGGAAGACAUUACUAAAAUUUGCAUAUUUCAAGACACAAACUUCGAAAUUUACAUUUUUGCUAGGCCUCUGUUGUCCAGAAGUGAAUUUGUGAUGUGCAGUGUGUUUCUCCAGGGUCUUUGGAAUUCUUGUCAAGACUUUGUAGUGCUCAUAUUUCAAGAGUAUGGUGUAAUGGCUGUUUCAUCAUCCACUACUGAGGCCCUACCAGAGGUUGUACAGAAUAUUUCGGACACCGUAUCGCCGCUGGACAAGUUGCUUUCCGAGAGACAAGAGGAAUGCUGGCUGAUGCUGAACAAAACCUUCAGUACAGGAGCUCCAGGUCUGUUUUGUCCCGGCACCUUCGACGGCUGGUCGUGUUGGCCAGAGACGCCCGCGGGAUCAUCCGCACAUGCGCCGUGUCCAGAUUUUGUCACCGGAUUUGAUCCGACCCGAAUGGCUCACAAGGAAUGCCUAGAAAAUGGGACCUGGUUUCGACAUCCGUCAUCUGGUCAAGUGUGGUCAAACUACACCACAUGUGUGAACAUGGACGAUUUGAACUGGCGCCAGCAGGUGAACAGAAUUUAUGAAAUCGGCUACUUGGUGUCGCUCGUGGCUUUGCUCAUUUCAUUAGGAAUUCUGUUCUACUUCAAGCCCCUGCGGUGCGCGAGGACCACUUUACAUAUGAACCUUUUCGCGUCGUUUGCAAUGAACAAUGCGCUGUGGCUGCUAUGGUACCGCAUUGUGGUCAAUCAACCAGAAGUCAUCGUGGAAAAUGGGGAGGGCUGUAAGAUCCUGCAUGUGGUCCUGCAUUUCUUCCUUAUGACCAACUACGCGUGGAUGCUGUGCGAGGGUUUAUAUCUGCACACUUUGCUCGUGGCUGCCUUCAUCUCCGAGUCUCGGCUCGUCAAGUGGCUCUACGGCCUUGGCUGGGCCAUGCCUCUGGUCCCCACUGUCAUCUACACGUCCUUGCGCGCGGCCAGCUCCGACGAGAACGACACCAAAGAGUGCUGGAUAAGCGAGAGUCCUUACACUAUAGUGCUCAUCAUCCCAGUGUGCGCGUCCAUGGUUCUGAACCUCAUCUUCCUCUGCAAUAUCUUGCGGGUCCUGCUCAUCAAACUGAGGGCUGGGCCCCACGUCGGGUCAUCUCGUCCUUCCAGCACCCUACUCCAGGCUGUCCGGGCAACACUGCUGCUGGUACCCCUCCUGGGGCUUCACUACCUCGUGACACCAUUCCGCCCAUCACAAAACCACCCCUGGGAGGGUGUGUAUGAAGUCACAUCAGCUAUCACAGCUUCAUUCCAGGGUCUCUGUGUCGCAACACUCUUUUGUUUCUGCAAUGGAGAGGUAGUAGCUCAAGUUAAGCGAAGAUGGCAGCAUUUAAUGUUUCGACCACGAGCCAAUUCUUGUACUGCCACGACGGUUUCGGUACGUCAGAUUGUGAGAUCAAAUGGCGCAAAUGGAAUCUUAAUGGAUGAGGAUAAUGUGUGAUACGACAGAGUGCUAUGUAGGGGACCAUAUUGACUGCUUCUGUACGUACGGAAAGUGAAUGACAUUUGGCAGAUGUCUUCAGCAAGGUUUAGUUAUUAUUGCAUCCUCAUAGGCGUACGUAUGCAGUAUACAGACCAUCUGUAUCUGCCAGAAAAACUGAAAUUAUUUUCAGGUUUUUCCACUUUUGAUCAUUAAGGUUGUGAUUUUUUUUUGCUGAGAUUUUAGUUUUUCAUGGUGGUGAGUCUGAAGAUGGCUGUCUUCUGGGUCGUUGCACUACGUAGUCUGGUAGAAGUUUACCAAGGGUUCAGAGCUGCUUUUUGCCACCAUCAACAUAGUACGAGUAAAACUCACCGAUCGCCUUGCAUCCAUCAUCGUCGCUCUGUUGACAACGCAUUGUGCAUCAACCCAGAAGACAGAGAUCUUUUGAUUUCUGUCUCACUGGGUACUUAUUUUAAAGAAAACUGUGAACAAUGACAUUCUGAUUCAUAAAUACAGUGGAUUAAGUACAAAUUAGAGGUAUAACUUCUUUGAUGUAGUUAUUUACUACAUGAAGAUAAAAUGGCUGUGCUCGAAAAACAAAAUCUAAUUUUUAUCUACAUCUCAGAUAAAAGUUUAAAAACAAACAAUAAGGAAAAGGAUAAGAAGGCAAAGGAACAUUUAAAAAACAUUUAAAUCUGCAUAUAGCUAUCAUGUUCCAGAAUAUUCUUUCAAUUUAUUUACUGCGAGUUUCGUCAAUCGUGCGAAAUAAGAAAGGAACUCGUAAUAGUGAGCGAUGUGAUUCUUGAGGAUCAGACACAAGGCAUGAAGCAUCAGUAUUCUGUCCUGCAUGUCAUAAACUUUAAUUAUUGAUCUCCUAGAUUGAAUGCGAGACUCUGAAUCUCUGAGUUGUGGAUUUUACAUUUGCUGACCAAAUGAAAGAAAUUUACUUGACUGUGAUUAAUGUGGCAGUGAAUGCAAAGUAGGCAAAAAAUAGUUUUCUAUCCUAUAAAUGUGUAGUUAAACAGUCAAGACCUUAAGAAAAGUGCAUUUGCAAUUGUGUUACUUUUGUAGAUUAUAUGUUUCAAUAAAUAUAACACAAUCAAAUAUUAUCCAUUUUCAUAUCCACUUUAAAAAUGCAGUUUCUCCUCACAGAUCAUAUGAUUUUACUGCAAUCUACUGGUAGACGUUUACCAAAGUUUGGAGGUUCUUGCUGCCUCCAUCAUAGGACAAUGACUCACCGCCAUGAAAGCCUCAAAUCCUACUUGACAGGAAAAUAAUUUUAAACAUUGGUUUUAAAAUUUGACUUUUGCAUAAUUACUUAAUACCUUCAGAUUACCAGGAAACUACAAUUAAAGAUUUGACAAAACAUUAUUCUUCAUUAAUUAUGAAUACAUAUAUAUGUAAAGAUAGUUGGGGUUUAUAGCGCUGCAUGAUAUUUAAACCAUUUUUCAGGGAUUUUGACAUCUGAACUAUUUUUUCGUUUUAGGAACAUUUGCAAUGAAGUUUCAAAACUGCUUCCUGCAUUCUUUGUUUGUCUACCGACAAGUAACAAGUUAACGUGGAUUUUAAUACUUGGGAGUUUUUGCUAAAAUAUUUUGCAACGUUCUGAUUUUGUUAGAAGGACAGCACUAAAAAUCACUUACACAGAAGACUAUAAGUGUCUCAUUCAUAAGUUACUGAAUAUUUAUCAGACAGAAAAUUUUUUUCAAACAAAAGUUAUAAAGAAAUAAACACCCAUUUUAUAUCUAUUAUAGAUUGUUUUUCCCUUAAAUCUUGCUAUUUUCAAGAUAACAAAAGAAAAGGGAAAUUUAUGCUAUGCUUUUUGUGCAGGCACCAAAGUUAGCGUUAGCGAGCAAGCUUAAAAUCUAGAGGAAAUAACAUCAUGAACAUUCCAGAACUGUAAAACUGUGCAAAUGUUAAAUGCGUUGUAAUUAUUUCAUGCCAUAAUUUUUUUGUAUGAAAGAGAAUAAUUAUAAGACGAUGUUUGUUGGGAAGGGAUGAAAAUUAACUUGGUUAUUAAUUCUGAAGGGUUCUAAAGGCUGUAUAUAACAAUUAAAAUUUCUGGGUUUAUGGAUUUUAUCCAUUUUUCUAUUCUGAACAGAACAGCUGCAUGAGUCCAGAAACCUAUAUAUUUUAUCUGAGACUGGAGGUUUUUGGCGUGGUGAAGAUGUUCGUGUUCUUCUGGGUUGUGAUGCCAAGUGGACACAAUGUACUUAGUAUGUGGCUAGAAUUAAGAAGUUUCGCCUGAAAAAGAAGUUACGGGUACAAGACAGACUAGAUGUGCAAUAACGAUGCAGACAAAAUAUAUUCCUCCUAAUGUAAGUUAUGUGGCCAGUGCUUCCAAAAAAUCUUCUGUAAUUAUAAACUUCUUGAAUUAUAUUUAAUGUAUGUGGAAGUGUAAAUAUUAGUGGAAAUAUUCUGUUCAUUUGAGAUAUUGUGUAACACUGUAAAUAAAUGUGUGAGGUGAUAGUUUUGAAUGUGA